UGCAAUCAUAUGACGAACUUUUUUCAUAUGGCAUAGAAGGAACAGAAUACAUUUCUUUAGCACACCUGACUUACAAAAGGAAAAAGUAAAGAGAAGUGAGUAAGAACGUCACCACAUGCUGAGAAACAUUAAGUUGUUGAACAAGUUGUUCAACCAUUCCCAGAGGUCAUUAAACACAGGCCUGCAAUAUGAAAAUCAGAGACAUGAUGACCUUGUUUUGGCCCUUCUCUGUGCUAUUAUUAUCUGACAAAAACCAGGCUUCUGAAACAGAAGUCAAGUAUAAAUUCACUGAAAAGAAUUACACUUUGGUUCCAGCAGAUAUCAGUAACAAUGUUAAUAUACUUGACCUCAGUCAUAACCAAAUUACUCUGAAUGUUACAGAUGUCAAAGUGCUACAGCGGUACUUUUUACUAACUGAGCUCUCCUUGAAUGAGAACAGUAUCAGUAUCUUGUAUAAUAAUAGUUUUAGCAAUCUGUCCAGUCUAGCAAUCUUACAUAUCUGUAGAAAUUCCAUCAAUAUAAUUCAACAGGAUGCCUUUAUAGGCUUGAAUAAACUAAAAGAGUUACAUCUAUGCCAAAACAAAAUAUUUCAACUGAACCCAGAAGUGUUUGUGCCUUUAAGCAACCUGAAAGUUCUCAAUCUGCAAGACAAUUUGAUGAACUACUUUGAUAGGCUACAACUGCUUCAUCUGGAAUUAAUAGUUUUGUGCGGAAAUCCAUGGAACUGUACUUGUAGACUAUUCAAUUUACAGGACUGGUUGAACACGUCAAAGGUAAUACUAGACCAUGAGAACCUCACUAUGUGUGCCUACCCAGACAACCUGAAGCACUACAACAUCAAAACGGUGCCAUUUACACCUGAAUGCCACACAAAACUGAUUUCAGCUACAGAUGAAGAUCUUCAUAUUCAUUUUCAGCCCAUUAGCAAUUCAACUUUUAAUAGUUCUUUAAACAAUGUAACUAGAAAUCCAGAACAUGAACCUCUUGGAAAAAGCUGGGCUUUCCUUGCUGGUGUUGUUAUCACUGUCCUGGUGACUUCCCUCCUCAUCUUACUUGCUAUCAAAUGCCCAAUAUGGUACAAGCUUCUGCUUAGUUACAAUCAUCAUCGCCUGGAAGAGCGUGAAGUAGAAACCUGUGAAGAUGGCUUUAAUGGAAAUGCAAAUUCUCCUUCACAGAUGUCACAUAUAAACUCUGAGGACACCAUAGUAAUAUUUGAACAGUUACACUCAUUUGCAGUAGAUGAUGAUGGGUUUAUUGAAGACAAAUACAUAGAUACCAAUGAACUAUGUGAAGAAAAAUAAUGUCUUUCAAUGUUUGAAGUUUGAAAAGUACUAUCAAUCUGCUCAUAGGUUAGACAUGGAGAUUUUUAACGUAACAAAACGGUAGCUAGUUGAUCUUCACCUUAAUUAAUACUACACUUAAAUAUCUUUAAAUUACGUUUAAGAUGAUAUACAACACAUUCUGUGAAACAGAACUGGCUCAUGUUUAUAAUGCAUGUUUUCUUAUAUUUCUAAACAUAUAAAAAAUAAGUGUUUUGUAGCUAAUAAUACCAAUUAUGUAUUGUUUGUAAUUCUCUAUUUUUUUGUCAUUAAUUUAUUUUUUAGUAAAGAAUGACUUGCUAACAAAGCAGAAUUAUUCCUUAAGGGGUGAGGUGGGCAGUUCCCUUAAGGACCAAAUUGUGAUAUCAGAGAUGUUGGGCCUUGGGGAUUUAUCCAAUAAGUUACUAGGUGGCCCUCCUCAAAUGGCUAGGUCACUGCACAGAGGCUGCCUGGGUAUGUACACGAGCUCAUUUGGUAAUCAUUGCUCUUCUCAUUUGAUCUUUUCUGCCCUUCCAGGUUUAAGCUUGAUAUGGGGUAAGCUCCAUCAGGAAAAGAG